CAGAGAUGCUAACGCCGUUGGGAAGAGGCACAAACAAAACUUCGGCAGUAAAACUUCAUAAAAUCUGAUGUAAUUGCUCACGAGGAAACCCCAGCUACGCGUCCUUAGUGUUGCAGCACCGGAAUAAUUUGUAACAGGUUGCUCAAGAGGAACAUGACCUUUGCACCGGUGAAGCUGAGCUGUCCUACAGUCCCACUGUCCAAUGGUCUGCAGAUUCCAAUAUUGGGAUUAGGCACAUCCCAUCAUGGCGGAUACUCUCAUGAUGCCGUUGUGUAUGCACUCACUGAGUGUGGCGUGCACCACAUCGACACAGCAAAGCGCUACGGCUGUGAGGAGAAGCUGGGUUACGCGAUAAGAGAAAGCGGGAUACCACGAAGUGAUCUGUGGGUCACCAAUAAACUGUGGCCAGGGGACUAUGGAUACAAAGCUGCAAAGAAGGCUUGCCGGAACUCCUGUUCACAGAUGGGGGUGGAAUAUUUCGAUCUGUAUCUGAUGCACUGGCCAGAGUCAUUGCGACCUGGUUGCUCCAACAGGGAGGUGAGAGCUGAGACCUGGAGAGCUUUGGAGGAACUCUAUAAAGAAGGGGUGUGCUCUGCUAUUGGAGUGAGCAACUUCCUGGUUCGCCACCUGGAAGAGUUAAAGGAAGACUGCAGUGUUGUGCCACAUGUUAACCAGGUGGAGUACCAUCCUUUCCAGCAGCCCAAUCAGCUGAUAAAAUACUGUCGUCAGGAGGGAAUUGUGUUUGAAGGCUACAGUCCUCUGGCCAAGGGUCAAGCCCUCAGCAACCCAACCGUUCUACAGUUAUCAGAAAAAUAUGGACGCACACCUGCUCAGAUCUGCAUCCGCUGGAGCAUUCAGAAUGGAGUUGUCACAAUACCGAAAUCAAUCACAAAGAAGAGGAUUCAGGAAAACUGUCAGGUGUUUGGGUUCCAGCUGGAGGAGUCAGACAUGGCCGCUUUGGGAAGCUUGCACGAUGGAAGACACGUGACUUGGGAUCCAACAAACGUGGAGUAAAAAUAUGUGAGAGGAGUCAGUGUUUAUCGUGGACAUUUGGUCAGUAAUAGAUGACUGAAGAUAUGAUCUUGUGAUUGUAAUAAGAUUUUAAUUAACGCUUUGUUCAUUAGUAGUGCGUCACACUUUGCCUGUAGGGAGACUCUACUACGAUGUGAAGUUCAUUCAUCUCAGCUACCUCUUCUGGAAAAGAUGAACAAACAGGCACGUGAACUCAGAAGGACCAAGAAAUUCAACAGUACUGUACUUUAUAUUAAUAUCUACUUAUUUUUGUUUAAUAAUGCAAGAAUGACUGCAUGUUACAAUCAUAGGUUAUAUAAAAAAAUGAUUCUCAUUCUAAAUACUGAAAAUUUGCCUCUGUUGAAAUAAAGCUGUCACACUGAGAA